AUGCGUGACACAUAGCAUUUUUACGUAUCAAACCACGUAGGCUGUCUUCAUGACACGUCUUGGAAGCUAAAUAUCUUAACACCCAAAAUUUUAGCUGACUCAUACUGUCUGGAACUCCCCCACUGCAACACGUGGCGUUUCUAGAGAUCAGUCGUCUAUCCACAUCUCAAUCUUCGCUCUACGUACCGCCAUUGCCACCCAAUUUAUACCCCUUAUUCCUUUCUUUGUUCGAUCACCAGAUUCAAUCAAAUACAAUACAGAAAAACAGCAGCCGAAGAAGAAGAAGAAUUUAUUAGUGUGGUGCAAAAAUGGCUUCAGAGCAAAUGAGGAGAGACAACAAGACGGACGAGAGAGCGGUCGAAGUGGAGAAGGAUAGAGUCCCCAAAAUGGCCAGCCACUUCGAGUCGCUGGCGGAGAAAGUCGCCGACGACACUGCUGCGGCGGAUUUCCGUCCCGCCGCCGUGCGUGUCACCGAAACGACGGUCGCCACUACUCAACAUGAAGAUCAAGGCAAAACCGCACGAGAAAGGGUGGCCCACGACAAACAAACCCAGGCCGGGAGACAUGCUGAUAUUCAACAAAACCCGCGGCCUGUUAGGGUUGGAGGGAUAGAGUUCAGCAGUGGCCAAGACGCCAGAAGUGGGAGAGAUGAAACCACAAGGCGGCAAGGAUUUGAGGAGCGACCUGGAGGCGUGAAGUUUGAAGUCCACAGUGGCCAAGGAGGAGGACAAAGCGAAAGAAGGGAUGAGAGUGGGCUUUCAUUGGAGGAGAUAGGGAAGUACAGACAAACGGCACAACAAAAAUCCAUUGACGCUCUUCAAACCGCUCAACACAAGUACCAAAAGGCCAAAGACACUACAAACCAAAACGUUCAAUCUGGUUUUCAGUAUCUUGCCGACAAGGCCGGAGCUGCCAAGGACACUGCUCUCCAGAAAUCCCAGCAAGCUUAUGAUGCCACCAAAGAUUCACUUUCCAGUGCUGGCAAAACCGCCAAAGAUUCCACCAUUUCCGGGACACAACAAGCUAAAGAUACACUUUCGGGCGCAGGACAAACUGCAAAAGAUUACACAACCCAAUCCGCCCAGCAGACUAAAAAUACACUCUCAAGUGCAAAAGACUACACAGUACAAUCGGCCCAGCAGGCUAAAGAUACACUUUCAAGUGCAGGACAAACUGCAAAAGAUUACACAGCCCAAUCCGCCCAGAAGACGAAAGAUACACUCUCAAGUGCAGGACAAACUGCAAAAGAUUACACAACUCAAUCCGCCCAGAAGACGAAAGAUACACUCUCAAGUGCAGGGCAGACUGCAAAAGACUACACAGUUCAAUCGGCUCAGCAGGCAAAAGAUACAAUUUCCGGUGCCGGGCAGACCGCGAAAGAUUACACGGUGCAAACGGCGCAGCAGGCUAAAGAGACGCUUUCAAAAGCAGGGCAAGCGGCCAAGGAUUAUACCGUGCAGGCUAAAGAUUACGCUUCACAGAAGGCAGGGGAGGCAGGGAACAAAGCUUCGGAGGCAAAAGAGCGUGGAGCGGAGAUGAGCAAGAAUGCAGCGAGCUAUGCGGGGCAGAAAGUGACAGAGGCUAAAGACGUGACGGUGGAGACCGGAAAAGGGGCGGUGGGCUACGCCGGGAAAGUGGCGGAGACACUGAAAGACACGGCCACCGUGGGCGGUUGGGGAGCCGCACAAUUAACUGCCGGCACAGCUGCACAGGCCACCAAGGUUGCAGCGGGAGUGGCAGCAACUGUCGCAGGGUAUGCCGGAAAAACAGCAGGAGCCGCCAAGGAUGUGGUGGCCGGAGCUGGAAGGACCGCCGCGGAUUAUGCUACUGACAAACUGGCGGCCGCAAAAGACUACGUAGUGUCCGCAGAAGAAAGUGCAGCAGAGUACGCAGCUAGGAAGAAAGAAGAAGCUAAGAGACAAUCACAAGCAAAGAAACAGGAACCAGCAAAGGGAGAACCCGGAGGGAGAAGUUCAUUCAUCAGCAGCGAGGGAAAUCAAGAAACAAGAAGGGGAGAAGAGGGAAAUCAAGAAACAAGAAGGGGAGAAGGCAAUAGAACAAAGGGAGAAGCAACGGGAGGGGGGAGCACAUUCAUCAGCAGCAGCGAGAGAAAGAAAGGAAGUACACAAGAAACAAGAAGGGGCGAAGAAGGCGGUUGGAGCACCAUGCUCGAGCCAGUGGGGAAAAUGCAGACAGAAUACUAUGAGGAAGGAACAGGAGGAGAAGGAGGAAGAGGAAACAAGGAACAAGGAGGAGGAGGAGAAGGCGGAGCAGGGGUCUUCCAAGCAAUCGGCGAAACUAUAGUUGAAAUUGGGAAGACCACUAAAGAUCUUAUGACUGGUAGUGAUGAUCAGGAGCCAAGGUAUGAUGAGAAGGAGAGUGAGUCCACGGGAAUGGAGAGAAAAUCCUAUCAUCAUCAUACCAAGUAGCCACUUAUCCGCUUAAGGGAUGAUGAUAGCUUUUUAAUUUGUAGACUGUGUUUCAUUUUAUUUUUGUGUGUUUUUACUACUGUUUGUAGCUAGGGUCUUUAAACCUUAGCAUGUGCAAUAAAAAUUGUAGUCCAUAGUUGGUCAUCCAAUCAAAGCUUUCAAAGCACAAAAAAAUGUUACUAUUUUCUAGGAA